AUGGAAGCAAUUGCAGAGAGUUACGUGGUGGCUUUGGAGAAGGCUUUGAUCGACUUUCAUGUUUCAACAGAGGACUAUUGCAUUGUUAAUUACCAUUAUCUUCACUCCUCUACGCCUAUUGUGGGUGAGGGUGUUCAUGGGAGGAGGGUAGACUUAGAAGGUGAUAGUUCUAGUGAAAGUGAUCCCAACAAUGAAUAUCAAGGUGAUCCUGAGUAUGAACAAAGUGAUGAUGAAUUGGUUGUUGAAGACAAUGCAGAAAUACAUCUAAAAGGACUAGGGAAAAGGGUAGUAGAGAUUGAUGUAGAAGAUGUGCCAUUGGAUAGCUCUGAUAAAGAGUAUACACGAGAGGAUAGUUCUGAUGAUGGGGAUGUUUCAAAUGAAGAUGAACUCAGCAAGUUACACAAACCUAAAAGGCAAUCAAAAAAAAGAAAGCUAUCUGAUUUGCUUGAGUUUGAUGUUGAUGCUGAAAUGGAGAGACCGCUACUAAAGCUUGGCUUAGUAUUUUCUUCUGGAAAACUAUUCAAACAAGCAGUCAGGGAAUAUGCUAUACAGAAUGGAAGAGACAUAUGGUUCAAAAAGAAUGAUUCUCAUAGGGUUCAAGCACAAUGUAGAGGUGUUGAAUGUCCUUGGGUGUGUUUUGCCUCAAAGAUUGAUGAUAGUUCAACAUUUGUCAUCAAAACUUAUGUUGGUGAGCAUAGAUGCUCUAGGAAGCCCCAUAAUAGAUUUGCUACUUCAAAAUGGUUAAGUAAGAAGUACUUAAAUGAAUUCAAGAGCAAUGAUAAAUGGAGUAUUUCUUCAUUUAUGGAAAAAGUGAGCAAAGACCAUGUCAUUGAAAUUUCCAAAGAUAAGGCCUAUAAAGCUCGAAAACUUGCAACAAAAUCUAUUGAAGGCACUUAUGAAGAGCAGUAUGCUGCUCUAUGGGACUAUGCUGAGGAGAUUAAGUACACAAAUAAGGGUUCCAUAGUUGAGUUUUUAACUGAAUCAGGAGACAAUGGGAGGCCACGUUUUAAGCGAAUGUACAUUUGCUUUUCUGGUUUAAAAGAAGGAUUCAGUGCUGGAUGUAGGCCAGUAAUUGGGUUAGAUGGCUGUCAUAUUAAAGGACCGCAUCCUGGACAACUAUUGACUGCUAUUGGGAUCGAUGCAAACAAUGGCAUGUAUCCUGUUGCAUAUGCUGUGGUAGAGAUUGAAAGUAAAGAUUCUUGGAGUUGGUUUUUAAAUUGUUUGAGGGAUGACUUAAAAAUUGAGAACUCCAACCAUUGGACAUUCAUCACGGACAAGCAAAAAGGCUUGAAACAAUCAUUAAAAGAUCUAUGGGAGGAAGGUGUACCUGAGGCAGAGCAUAGGCAUUGUGCAAGGCAUUUGGAGAAGAAUUUUAUCAAAGUUUACAAAGAUAAAAAGCUCAAGGAGCUCUUAUGGAAGGCUGUAAGAGAGGUUAGUGUUCGUAGGUUUGAAGGUGUGAUGGAAGAGAUUAAGAAAAUUGACGAGUCUGCUUUUGAUUGGUUAAUGGAAGCAGGGCCCCAACAUUGGAGCAGAUCACACUUUAGGACUCAUCCAAAGUGUGGCAUUUUGUUGAAUAACUUGUGUGAGACAUUUAAUGGGACAAGGGCAAUAUUGGCUGCAAGAGAUAGACCAAUAUUAUCCAUGCUAGAAAGAAUUAGAAUGUAUUUACUACAGAGGCUUACCAAGAAUAGGCAUGCAGUAUUGAUGUGGAACUCUAGCAUUGCUCCAAGGAUACAAGACAUUAUUGAGAAGAACAAGGAUAUAGCUGGAAGCCAUCUCCCUAUCAAGUCUUCGGAUUUCAUCUACCAAAUUACCACUAUGUAUGGUAGCUUGUACUAUGUUGACUUGAAGCAAAUGAAAUGUAGUUGUAGAAAAUGGGAACUCACUGGCAUUCCAUGUAGUCAUGCAGUGGCUGCAAUCUGGCAAAGAAGGGAAGAUCCAGAAACUUAUGUAAGUAAAUGGUACACGAAGGAGUAUUAUUUGAAAGCCUAUUCACAACAGAUAUUCCCAAUUAGGAAUCAAGAUGAGUGCCCAAUAACUGGUAACGUUGGAUUGAUCAAGCCUAUAUCCAAGAUUCAACCGGGUAGACCAAAGAGAAGUAGAAAAUUAGAGCUUGAUGAAAUGUUUCCUCGAACAGGAAGUAAAAUGAAGAGGAGGUACAUCACAAUCAAAUGUUCAGCAGGAUGUGGUGUAACAGGUCAUAAUUUUAGAACGUGUGCUAGAAAUAAAGAGAAAAAUUCAGACAUCAAUCCUGAUGUUGCUCAGCAUACUUCUACUGAUUCAACCAUACCAUUUACAAACACCAACCAGAUUUAG